AUGUUUGGUACCACAACAGCCCAAACGACCGCUUCAUAUCAUCAGCAGCAUCAUGUGUCGAUGUCUUCGACCACCUCCUCGGGAGGUAUGGUGAGUAAGCCUUCAAGACAAUCCAUAGGCGUGGCUGUUUUCCCCGGUGCCAUGCAAAGGAAUUUCUUUGCCGAACGCCAAAAGUUACGCAGUGUGGGAGAUUCUUCACAGGAUUUGGAUAGCGGUAGUGGCAAUGAUAGUGGCACCGGUGGAGGUGGUGGCGGAGGCCAUACCUCGUUGGCUGCCAAAAAUAGCAGUGCCAGUGGUGGUGAAAUGUCCGACAGUCAAAGGAGUUUAAGUGAAGGACGUUUGAUUGAUAGUGACUAUUCCCGCGAUGGUCUCUCUCAGUCCCAUGACAGUGUAUUCUCAGAAUCCGCAACAGCCAGCAGUUUGUCCAUUGUCUUGAAGGUAAGUUUUUCCCCUAAUUAUGUUAUAAGAAGAUGA